AUCCCGCAAACGCAUCAACUUCUAACCGCAGAACCAGUCGUACAAAUCUCUUAAAACCGCUAGAAACCGCAACCACCCGCAUCCGCAAACUCCCGCAACCGCAACCGCAACCGCUGCGGUUGAACCAGUCAGACCCUAAAAGGGAAGUUGAUAAUUUAAUAAACUGAAAACAAAACAAAAUAUUGAAAAUCCAUGGGAAGAGUCUGGCACGGGAGUUGCACGUGACAAAGGAUUAGUCAAUUGGUAAUUAAUAGGUUACUCUGACAGGAAGUUAAUACACGGAAACUCCCUAUGCAUUCUCUCUAAUUAUAGUUUAUCCAAUUUUAAUUAAAUUUUCUUUGCUUCUCUAAUCUCCCAGCCCAAAAUAUUUCAAGCACUCUGAAUCGAUUUGGAAUCCAAACACAUUUCGAUCCCACCAACUCUAAUCUCCACGUUCUUCCUUUCGCCGGAGGAAGAACGUCGGUGAAGACGACGGUGCGAAAGAUCGAUCUAUAGCGUUUUACAUUUGUCCAAGGGUUUUAUAUAAUUAGACCAUAUAUAGGAUUAACAUGGGGAAUUGCUUUGAAUCUUGCUCAAAGAAGAAUGAUAAUAAGGGUGAAAACGUUGUCUCCUCAGUGAAGUCGAAACCCUUUUCACUUUCCCAUUUUGAUGUAAGAAUGUGGCACUGUCAUGGUUCAGAAGGUGAUAGUGAUUCUGAAAGAAUCUCCAAUCUUUCGUAUCCAUGGAGUUUAAAACCUCUGAUUACAAGAAAGAGUGAAGCUAGCAGCGCUCUACAUGCACCGAGCAAAGAAGGAGACGUCAUGCAUCCCCAACAUUUGAAGUCCUUUACGUUAGAAGAGCUAAAGAACGCUACAGGAAACUUCUGUCCAGAGAGUCUCAUUGGAGAAGGAGGGUUCGGGUUUGUUUACAAGGGUUGUAUUAAUGGUGGACCUCGAAUGGACCUCGCUGUUGCUGUUAAGAAGCUUAAAAUUGAAGGGUUUCAGGGCCACAAGGAGUGGCAGAGGGAAGUGAAUUAUCUAGGGAGAUUGCAUCAUCCAAAUCUGGUGAAAUUGAUUGGCUACUCUUUGGAAGACGAGAACCGUCUUCUUAUCUAUGAGUAUAUGCCUAAUGGAAGCUUGGAAAAUCAUUUGUUUGAAAGAGGUUCCAAUGUGCUUUCUUGGUCACUACGUAUGAAAAUCGCGAUUGGUGCGGCUCGAGGACUAUGUUUCCUGCAUGAUGCUAAGGACCAAGUCAUUUACAGAGACUUCAAAGCAUCAAAUAUCCUUCUCGAUUCAGGAUUCAACGCCAAACUCUCAGACUUUGGAUUGGCCAGAGAAGGUCCAAAAGAUGACCGUUCACAUGUGACAACUGAAGUCAUUGGUACACAAGGUUACGCAGCUCCAGAAUAUCUAGCUACAGGUCAUCUAACUACGAGAUGUGACGUCUACAGUUUCGGUGUAGUCUUGCUAGAGAUUCUCUCAGGACGAAGAGCCAUAGACAAAAGCAGGGCAAGAGAAGAAGAAAACCUAGUGGACUGGGCGAAACCUUACUUGCGGGACAAGCGAAAAGUGUUUAGGAUAAUGGACACUAAGCUUGUGGGUCAAUACCCUCAGAAAGCGGCGUUUAUGAUGUCUUUCUUGGCCUUACAAUGUAUCGGAGAGGUUAAGGUUAGACCAUCCAUGCCUGAGGUUUUGUCUCUUCUUGAGAAAGUACCGAAUCCAAGACAUAGAAAGAGUAGAAGCAAAAGUUUUGCUACUAACUCUUCUUCUGUCUUUAAAACGGUUUCUCAGACACACUGAAGAAAAAGUCUUCAACCACAUUAUAUAUAAUCCGUGUCAGACACACUAUGUAUUUGCUUGUUUUGGAUCGUUUUUUGGUGGGCUAUAGCUUUUUUUUUUGUAGCUCACUAAUAGCUUGUAAUCAAUUCGGAAAACAUAAAUAAAAAGAUUCCCAUGAUUUAUAAUAAAGUUUCAUCCUUAUAUAUGAAGUUAUGAACAUAUACAUAUGUGUAUUGUAUUAGUACUACUUUUUACUCAAAGUGAUUGCAUGGAUAUAUCAAAGGUCCAAAAGAUAUUUCAGUUCAUUUAAAUUAUUAGGAGGUUCUCAGAGAGUCAGAGUAAAUUUGUAAUCUUCAAUGCCUAAAAGGCUGAAACCAUAACAAAAUAAUGUUAGUUUUGUCUUCUUUAAUUUUUUUUAAGUUUUGUCUUAAGAUUUUACUUGUCUAAUUGAGCUAAUGACAUUUGGUUAUUUCAAAACAAACAAAAAAUUGACUUUUUAUUUCGUUUUCAUUUGAUUUUAGAGUAUGACGGAGAGUUCCUUUGUGUUUACUCUGUUUUGGUUGGAAACAGCCUAAACUUACCAACAUUUCUCUAAUUGUCCAACGGUUAACCUUAAUUUCUUUGAGCCAGAGUAUUAUCUUCGGUCCAUUGGGCUUGAUUAGAUCCAUGAUUUAAUAGUAGCUUAAAAGAAGAAAUUACAGACGAACCAAACAUUGAAAUUCUAGAAAAUACUCGGAAUAGCUUUUCUCUAUGGAGUUCACAAACUAGACUUUGAAAUUAUUAUGUUGUCACAAAAGCUUUGAAGUUAUUUACCCCACGAAAACAAAACAGUUCCCAAGAGAAACAAAAUUACGAAUUUACGGACAAGAAACGGUUACAACUUAUGACACCAACACGAGGAAAGAGUAGUUGAAAGUAGGUUUGAAUAAAACAUAAAACAAAAAAUAAUAUACAAAAUCAGUUGGUUCAUCAACUCAAAAUCUACCUUCACUUUUCUUACUU